AUGACUAAAGAACUUACUGACUAUAUUUUGAGAUGUCCAACGUGCAACGCUUAUCCACAAGAUCAACAGAAAGAGCCUCUGAUCUGUCAUGCCAUUCCUGAACGGCCAUGGGAGAAGGUUGGCUGUGACCUGUUUGAGUACGAUGAAAGUGACUUUUUACUGACAGUUGAUUACUUUUCCAAUUUCUUUGAGUUAUAUCAAUUAAGAAGCAAAACUUCUGACAAAGUCAUAGGAGAACUGAAGUCGCAUUUCUCAAGAUAUGGAGUUCCUGAUCAGCUUAUCACUGAUAAUGGACCGCCUUAUAAUUCAGGAGUAUUUUGUGAGUUUGCAAGAGAGUUUGAGUUCGAGCAUAUCACCAGCUCCCCUGGAUAUCCGAAGUCGAAUGGGAAAUCGGAGAAUGCGGUAAGGACAGCUAAACGGUUAAUGAAAAAAGCGAAAGAGAGUGGUAGAGACCUGGAUCAACCAAAGGAAAGUACAGCACCCUUUGAUGCCCAUCCACCCGAGAGUGAAACAAGUACUACGAGGAACAUUGAGCAACAACCACGUGAGAAUCCCGUUAUUGUCCAAUGCAGUGGUCAACCUAAUGAAGAAAUUGAGAAAGUUCUAGAAGAACAGCACACGGCUGCGAAAACGACAGAAGUUAUUUCAGAUGGUCUAUUGAGAACACGAAGUGGAAGAAUUGUUUGA